AUGGUCUCAGAUGGAGUAGAUCAUCUUGACGAUCCAUCUACAAUAAUUCUUGGUUCCGAAGGCUUGUUCUCAUCUUCAUCAGAAAUCUGCUACCACUUCUAUGGAUUUUUUCCAUGUGCAGACAACAUCUCAGGCUACAUAUUUCAAAUACUGAUCUAUCAGUACUUGUUGGUUGUUGGGGAAAAAUUUCUAACAAAGGGUAGCAAGUGGCUGUUCAACAUAUUUGGCACUGGCAUAUUUGGUGCUACUAUUUUUCGCAUCCUUAUGGUGCUACCAGGAGUAGUGGUAGUUCUCAUAUCUGGACUUUCUGGCAACAAAGAGAGUGCUCAAUCUUUGGUGGUGAUGGGAGUUGGAAUGCUAGUUGGAACAAGUGUUUUUUGUCUUACAUUGCAGUGGGGAACAUGUGUUAUCUUCGGCAGAAAAGAGUUCAAACCAAAAUCAUCAACUUCCCUAGAUUCACAACCGUCAACUUCAAAAUGUUUGCUGGUUGGAGAAAAACUAUCACACUUAACUGAUGGAUUCACAGGUUCUGGUAUUACAACUGAUAACAAGACUAGCUAUACAGCAGGAUUUAUGCUCCUGUCCUUGAUCCCAUUUGCUAUAGUGCAACUAUCCAAUAUCUUUGAAACAUCAUCCGGGAGUCGCGUGGUGAUUCUGAGUGCACUUGUAGUAUCAGUGGCAUUGCUACUCUCAUACUUUGCAUAUCAGCAUGUGCAAAGGCAUGCAAAAGGAAAUCUCCUUACAGAGGAAGGGGCACCUAACAUUCCUGUGAUCAAAAGAUUAUUCAAUCAAAUUGAUAGAGAUGCAGAUAAAUGCAUAAAACGUACAGAAAUGGAAGAUCUGAUGCAGGAAAUUCAAACUGGAAAUGUGCUGUUAGACAAAGAAUUCUCAAUUUUUGAAGCAUUUGACUCGAACAAGGAUGGAAUGAUUAAUGAAGAAGAGUUCAUCAAGGGAUGCGAAGAGGGGAUAAAUAGAGCCAAACAGAGAGUUGAAGGUGGAGAUUCUAAAGCAAGAAAAUCCUUACAACAGGUUGUUCAGCCAUGGAUUAAUAAGAGACGACUUGAACUUACAAAAAUUGAACGUCUUAUGGCAAGAAUUUUGAAGCACGUCCAUUAUGAAGUACUUGAAGCCAGAGGCCUCCUCACUCAUGAUGGAAGACCUAAUCUAGAUCACAUAAAAAGCCUCUUUAAGCAGUUGGACAAAAGUAAUGAUGGAUAUAUAGAGCAAUCUGAACUAAAAGAACUGAUUCAAAAUGUUAACUUCGGAAUAGAACUGGACCAUAAUGGGGUGGUGGCAAAAGUGAUGAAGGAAUUUGAUGAAGAUGGUAACCUUAUGAUAGAUGAGAAAGAAUUUGUCAAUGGAAUCGGGAAAUGGAUUAAUGAGGCUUCCCGUGUGUGCAGAUGCAAGGACUCAAAAAGGUUUAUUGAUGAAUUUGAUCAGAUUACUUGGAAACAGUGGAAAGAAAUUGACUCAUUGGUCUAUGGGGUGGAAAAUAAGGAAGGCAUCAUUGAUAAGUUUUUAUCAUGGGAUUGCAUAAAGGCGGUAUUGCUAGUCAUCUUGGGCAUUGCAAUUGUUACUUUUCUUGCAGGGCCUCUGGUAUAUGCUGUCUAUAACUUAUCGGUUGCAGUUCACAUACCUACUUUCUUCAUCUCUUUUGUGGUUAUUCCUUUGGCCUUGAAUGCUCGAGUGGCAGCAUCAGCCAUCUUUCCUGCAAGUCAAAAGAAUUCGAAAAUUGCUUCCUUGACAUUUUCAGAGAUCUAUGGUGGAGUUGCUAUGAACAACAUAAUGAACUUGUCAAUAUUUAUAGCAGUUAUAUAUAUAAAAGGCUUGACAUGGAACUUUUCAAGUGAAGUGCUUGUUGUUUUGGUGGUUGGUGCCAUUAUAGGUCUGGUUGCGUUCUUGCGCUCCACCUAUCCUCUCUGGACUUGUAUUUUAGCAUUUUUCUUGUAUCCAUUCUCUCUGGCGCUGGUUUACGUUCUUCAUUUUGUAUGGGAAUGGAACUGAAUUCUAUAGAGUUGUAUCUUAGUAUUGUUUUCUUUGUAUCUGCUUCACUCUGGUGCAGGCUAGUCUCUUUUUCUCCUUCUGUAAUAAAACAAGCACAUCUUGGAAGUUUGAUUUAGUUUUCAAUCUCAUUUGGCUAUAGAAUUUCAUUUA